AUGGAGAACGUGGUGAAACCACAGCGCAAAGUGAAGCCCUUCCGCCAGAAACUGAGACGUCCGGAGGGGCGGAGCUAUUUGCGGGCCUUCACCUACGAGGAUCAUGUGGCUUGCUUUGCUCCGCCUUUCAACGAGAGUAACCUUCCUGACCACUGGCCGGCGGACUGCCACGUCUCAACACUGCCCCGAGUGGGCUGGUUGCCUCCAGGCUGGGGACAAGCUUGGAAGGAUGGCUGUGACAGGAAGUUCUAUGUGGCGCCAGCGUCUUUGGGGGCCAAGGUGAUGGUGAAUAAGUUGAAUGUGGAGCUGACCGUGGGGAAGAAGUUGAAGCCGAUGGACCAGCAUGGCGUCUUGCUCGGUGAUGAGUACAUCAGGAAGUGGCCGAACUGGCUGCCCAAGGAUUGGCGCAUCGCCUACUUUCGGUCCGCGGGAGGAGCACCGAAGCCCUGCUUCUUGAGCCCCAGGGGCGCGCAUUACAAGGAUAAGAAGGCGGUCCUUGCGCAGAAGGCCAAGGAGAGGAAAGUUCAGCUCGGAAAGGCCGGCAGUGGCUCGCUGAUCCUGGCCAAACGAGCCCGCAAGAGGCUGGCGCCGUUCCGGCGCAAAUCCCAGGAACGGUCCAAGGAGUGCUUCAGGACUUUUACCCCGCAGGAGCUCUUCGAGUGCUUUGCUCCUCCGUUGGGCGAUAGUUUAACGCCUCCGAGUCACUGGCAAGGAGGCCUCAAAGUCUCGCGCCUGCCUCGCAUCAGUUGGCUGCCUCCCAGGUGGACACAGGCCUACAGGGAUGGCUCCAGGCGCAAGCUCUACGUGGCUCCUCCAGAGCUGGGAGCGAAAGUGGUCUUCCAUCGUGAGAACGUGGAGGUCUUGGAAGGUCGAAGAUUGAGCCCCGUAGAUCAGCAUGGACUUGUUUUGGGGCCGGACUGUAUUACACAGUGGCCGAAUUGGUUGCCCAAAGAUUGGCAAAUUGGCUACUACCGUCCACAUGCAGGGGCUCCGAAAGUUUGUUUCCUGAGCCCCGAGAAGAAGAGAUUCACAGACCGGCAGCAAGUGCUCUCGCACCUGAACCCCAACUCUCAACCCAAGAAGCCUGCGGUAUGCCGGGUGAAGUUGGGCGACUUUGCUCGGCGUCAUGCAUUUCUGAUUCGACAGAAACAGAUCUGUUCGCUUCGUACAUCGCUGCCCUUCGUUCCAGCGGAUGACAGCGAAGACGAGUUCCCUGAGACAUGCGAUGUCUUCCGGAGCUUUACAUAUCAAGAGUUCAAGGAUUGCUUUGCGCCACCCCUGGGCGACUGCACGGUUCCUCCGAGCCACUGGCCAGAGGGCCUACAGGUUUGCACACUGCCGCGCAUCAGCUGGUUGCCGCCUGGCUGGGGCCAAGGCAUCCGCAUGGGCCAGAAAGGCCGUCGGCUGAAGGUCUUCGUGGCACCUGAGGGGCACGGGCGCUUGGUGGUGAAUAACAAGCAAAGCAUGGAGGUGAUCCUUCAAACGAGGCUAAGACCUUUGGACCAGUACGGCAAGGUCCUGGGCCUGGGCGAUGAAUGCGUGGAACAUUGGCCCAAGUGGCUGCCUCGCACCUGGCGCAUUGCGUACUUCAAAGAGGAUGGCAAUGUGAAAGUCUGUUACAUCAGCCCGGCAGGCGACAAGUGCCUGGAGAAGGCAGCCGUGAUGUCCAAGGCGCGGGAGCAGCGCGUCGUGGAGAAAGCCAACGAGGCCGAGGCGGAGCGGAUGCGGAAGCGGCGACGCCUGCGGAAGAUGAACUCGGAGGCCCUAUGCCUGGACGAGCAGCAGGACCAGCAGGAUGCAGAGAAUGAGAAUGAAGAGGUUGCAGAGCAAGCUGCAGAGAAGGCUGCCGCUGAGGCACAUGCGGAGGCGGAGGCAGCUGAGGCGGAGCAGAGUCUUUCUGUCCAAGUGCCUGUUCCAGCGAAGAGCGCUGGUGCUCGCCGGAAAGUGCGCAGCCGUGCCGAAGCGCGCCCACAAAAGCGAAGAAGCGACGGCCGUGUGCCGUGUGCUGAGAAGCUGGAGCGCCAGAAGAUUGGGAAGCCAGGCGGUUUCGAUCCCUCCACAUUGAGCGAAUCGGAUCUCCAGUGGCUAACCAAGCAUCCGCUCUACACCAAGAUCCACGAGCGAGGUUAUCCGAUCCCCAUCGGCGACCAAGACAUCUUGGCCUUGAAGCCCUUCACACCCAAGGCUUUUGGAGGAGACGCCGAGCUGAACUUCUACUGA